AUGCAUGUGGGAUUAUCAAAUAAGUUUUCAAUCUAGGGGUCAAAACGUAAGAUUGCUAGUUUGCAAUUCAGCGACAAGACAGUUGAGGAUUACUCAAAAGCUAUGUCUGUUGGAAACCCACAUGAUUUGAACACUUCACCUUUUCCUUAAUUAUACAGCCCUGCGGGGAAAAGAUAAAUGUUUUAGCGAGUGGAUCGUUUUAGUGUUUUGUAACCGAUAAAAAAGGAGGAGGAUAAAUUAACAGAUAAAGAUAUUAUGAGAUAGUUAUAAGAAUCGCCAGAACAGAAGUUGGAGGAUUAAAUUCCAAAGCAAUUAGUAGGAUCUUAAUCUGCCCGCAGUUAUUUUUAACAUUACAAAGUACUUACUAAGGUGAAACAACAAAAUGAAUAUCACAAAAUUAAUGAUUCAAUAUAAACUUAGAUGCUCAAGUAGGCAGAAUCAGUAGAUGUGUUACCUUGUAAAUUGGGUCUCAUUAAACUCAAUGGUAGUGAAUCAUAAGUAUCGAUUAAUAAUCAUCAUUAUGGUGAUAAAUAUAUAAGUGUGUUAUCUGAAGGUUUGCGACAGAAUUAGGGGAUCAAGGAGUUUUUGUUAAGCAACAACAGAAUCAAAUAGGAUGGUGCUGUUACUAUAUUGAAUUAGAUUGGAAAGCAAGCAACAGUAGUGGAUUUAUCUAAAAAUGACAUUGGAUCAUUGGGAGUGGAUUGUCUAUGUCAAUAAUUGCAAAUGAGAGAGAAUAAGAUGGAAGUGAUUAAUAUUGAAGACAACAAGCUUGGAGAUAAGUUUGUCAUGAGGAUUUUGAAGUGUUUAUUAAAUACGUAAAAUAAAGUGAAAGUCCUGAAUAUUUCCAAAAACUUUUUAACAAAUGAGAUUUGUGAUUUAAUGAAGGAGAUCAUUUUGUAAUUGGAUAAUUUGGAAGAAUUAUAUAUUCACUGGAAUUAAAUAAAAGGGUCUGGAGGAUAGAAAAUCUUUGAGGCAUUGGUAGAAAAUAAGAACAUGAUUGUUUUCGAUGGAAGUUGGAACAGUUUUGGAAUUAGUGAAAAGUCUAAUUGUACUCAAAAAGUGUGUGACUUCUUAAGUCAAAAUAAGGUCAUGUUACACUGUGAUUUAUCAGCCAAUCAAUUCACAUUACCGGAUUGUAAAUUAAUUGCUAGCAGUUUGAAACCAAAUAGAACUAUGUAUGGAUUCCACUUUGCAGGUAAUUGGGGAGUAGUAGAUCCAAGAGGAUUUUUAAUUAUUGAUGAGAAUUCGUAACAGAAGGUUUUAGGAGAAACUUUGAGGAUUAAAGGGUUGGAAUAAGUUACAACUUUGAGACAUGAAGAUGUGUGUUGGAUUUGUGAAGGAUGGUAAGAACAGGUAUUUGAUUGGAUUCCAGAUGGAGAAUGUGAUCCAUUAUUUUUGCAUAUGAAUUUUGAAGAAUAUAAGCAAGUCUACGUUCCCAAAAGAAAUGAUGGUACUUAUAAGUUACCCUUAAUGGUUCCUGCUGGAUAGACUCAAUUUCUAUUUACAGUAAUUGACAAUUAAACUACAGGUGCAAAUUAUGAAAAUAUGAAAUUUGGUCAUGUGAUUAAACUCAAAGUGAAUGGAAUCAAUGUGAGUUGUCAAUUAGACAAUAUUAAUGUUGUGAAGAAGUUGAAGCAUUUUUAAUUAAUGGAUAAAAAAGAGAUGAAGGCUCAUACUUCAGUGCUUCCAAGGACUCCAGAUCCAAUAUACAUUCCACCUAAAUUAAAGAAAUAAAAAAGAAUUUGGUCCUUUCCAAUUUCGAUUUGGUUUAAGGAUUUUCGAUUUGAAAAUGAAGAAUUCUUAAGGAAAUGUUUUGAAAAGGAUUGGAGUUGCAGUAAAAUAUCAAAAGUUGUGAAAAAUCCAGAUGAAUUUAAUGAAGUCAAAAAUUUAUUAUGGAAAGAUUACAAAAUGAUCAAAGAAACUUAUAAAUGGUAUUCAUCAUACAAUCCAUCUGGAGAUGUUUGGUCAAUUUCAUCGAAUGUAAUCACAGACUUCUCAUCUUCAACAGAGUUGGUUGACAAUAAAACAUUUAAGCUUUCUGAUUUGGAUCUCAAAUUUAUUGCCACUUGUGCUGCUUCAAUUGAAUAUAAAGGGAACUAUAGAAAUCCAGAAAGAGCCUUGUGUAGAUAUCAAUUUAUGGAAUUCCUAGUGAGAGUCUCUGAUGACAAAUACUUGAAACAAAAAUAAGCCAAUAACAUGGUGGAAUCUGUGUAAAUGAUUUUAGAGCAAUGCAGACCUAUCAUGUCAUAAUAUAAUGCAUAAAAAUGGAGAGAUGAGAGAUACUUUAAUGAGUAAUGUGAUGAUUGUUUAAAGUAUUACAAAACCUUGUUAAAUUAUGUGUAUAACAGGUAUAGUAUAAAGAAAGUGAAACCAGGGUAGAAGAAAUUUAUGUGUCUUGACGAAUUACAUGAAAUAUGUGGUCAAGCAGGAUUAUUCGAUGAAAAAUUCGUUGAUAGAGAUGCAGAUUUGGCAUUCAAUUUAUCCAUGAUGUUGUAAAUAGAUGAAUUAGAAAGUGAUAGGAUCUUCUAAAUGACCUUUGUAGAAUUCUUGGAAGCUAUAGCCAGAAUUGCUGAGAAGGUUUCAUUGCCAGCUGCUCCAGAUAUGAGUUGGGAAUAACGUCAAUAAUAACCAUUGCAUAUCAAAUUAGAAAGAUUUCUAAUCCUUUUAGCAUAAACUUGUGCAUCUGAAGAAUACAAAUCACAAUUUGGAAAUCCUCAAAAAAGCAUAUUUGAUGUUCAACCUGAAGAUGAUUGA